UUUCCCAUAAAUCAAUAAAGAUAAAGAAAGAAAUACAUAAAAAAAAAUAAGAAAAAUACAGGACCUAUCAUUCACAUUUCACCUACUCUAUAAGUACAGAGAUGAUCUUUGCAGUUACACCACAAACCAAACUCCAUCUCACUUCUCAAGUCUCAUUGUUUAUUCACUUCUCUUAUUAUAUUUCAAGUUCGAUCUUUAGCAUUUUCAAAAACCCUAGUCAUCAGAAAUGGCAACGGCGUCGCUUAACAUGCAGUCAGUGUUCGCUGCUCCUUCCGGUGGAUUGAGUUCACGCAACAUCAGAAACACAAACCAACUCUUCUUCAAGAGGAAUGCUCCUGUUGGAUUCAGGUGCAUGGCUCAGGGUGAUCCUAUCAAGGAAGAUCCUUCCGUGCCCUCGACCUCGGCCGCUCAACCGCAGAUGCCACCAUCUCCUCCUCCACCAGUCAGCAAGCCUAAGGUGAGUACCAAGUUUGGAGAUUUGCUUGCAUUCAGCGGUCCAGCGCCCGAGAGGAUCAACGGGAGACUAGCCAUGGUUGGAUUCGUGGCUGCCAUUGCGGUGGAGCUUUCCAAGGGAGAGAACGUGUUGGCUCAGAUCUCUGACGGUGGCGUCGGGUGGUUUCUUGGAACGACGGCGUUGCUGACUUUGGCAUCGAUGAUUCCGUUGUUCAAGGGAAUAAGGGCGGAGGCAAAGUCAAAGGGGUUCAUGACAUCAGAUGCUGAGUUAUGGAACGGUCGCUUUGCGAUGCUCGGCCUAGUUGCCUUGGCCUUCACUGAGUACGUCACCGGUGGCACUCUCGUCUAAGGCUUUUUUUUUUUUUUUUUGAUAUAGCAUAAGGGAAAUUAAAUCAUAUUUGGAGAAUGAUAUGUAACGCAUCAUCGUCUGAUAUUUAAUAUGAUUUUUAAAAGCUCUGAAGUGUCAACAUAAAUCAAAA